UUAUACGUGGUCGAACUACGUUUGUCGAUCACUGCACAAGUAUUAUUAUUAUUAUUGUGCCCAAUCAAAUACGUCACUGAGCAUAGCAAAUAACCAACUCGUUAUCAUAGCAAAAGCAUCGAGAUAUUACUACUCUUCAUUUAUUCCGGAUUUGCGAGUCAUAGAGCUUAGCCAUUUUGUUAUUUCCAUUGUUAUGUUACAUGUCAACAAUAAUACAAUUCUAAUAUAAUAUUUAUAACAACGUACGACAUCUUAAGAGUCAAACAACACUACCUCUUGUGGUGUUCGUUCAGUAAAAAAGAUUUCGAGUAAUCCAUCGUUCAAGAUGGAAGACAAAAAGAAAUUGGCCUUGCUUAUUGUGAACCAUUUGAAAAGUCAAUUAAGUCAUGGUAACUUCAAUGAUGAAUCAUUGGAAAGUAUGGAAGUAGCAGUUCAGUGCAUCGAGUCAGCAUAUAAUUUAAGCCCAACUGAAUCUGAUCGUGUUGACGCUAAGUUAGAAAGCAUUGUGAAAGAAUAUUAUCAAGUUAGAGAACAAAAGCCAAACAUAAAGUCAGAAAUAAGUCAAGCUCAAAAAGAAGAAGCUGAAAACCAAAAGAAAUUUGGAAAUGAGUUCAUGAAAACUCAAAAUAAUGACAAAGCUAUUGAAGCUUACACUAAAGCGAUCAAAUUAAAUCCACUCAAUCCAAUUUAUUAUUGCAACAGAGCUGCUGCCUUUAAUGCUAUCGGCAAGUACGUUAAUGCAAUUGAAGAUUGCCAGAAGGCAAUUGAACUUGACUCGUCAUAUUGCAAGGCAUACUGUCGUUUAGGAUUAGCUUUUUCAUAUCUGAAAGAUUAUCACAAAGCAGUGUCUUGCUACAAAAAAGCAUGUGAAUUAGAUCCUGAUAACCAGGGUUAUCAACGGAACUAUCAGCUUACAUUGAAUAACUUGCAAACCGUUUCCGGAUCACCAUUUCCACCACCACCAUUUGGAGUACCAUUUCCACCACCUCCACCACCAGCACAAAUGUUACACGACCCUAUCACAGCAACUCCAAAUUUAAUGGAAACCGCAGCACGUAUCAUGACUGAUAAUCCAGAAGUUUCAUCAGUGUUAAACAACAUUUUGGGAGAUGUAACUAGUACUGGCAGUGAUGGACUAGAUAGAUUGAUGCAAGUUGGACAAACUAUUGUUACUCGACUACAAACUGCCAAUCCCGAUCUGUUAGAUGGAUUACGAAUGCAAUUUCAGAACGCUCAAAACGAAGGACAACCGCCACCACACAAUGGAUACCAUGAUGAUGAACCUCAACAUUAGUCUAACAAAAUAUAAGCCUUAAUAUCUCAAAUAUUUUCCUUAUUCAUAAACAUUGAUAUCUAUAUAAUUAUUGAUUACCUUUAUAAAAUUAAUUAAUUUAAUCGGUGUUGUUAAUAAUCAUUAGUAACUUAGAACUUGCCAAGUAUAUGUGCGGUUGGUGAAUCAGGAGGUAAUAUUUGUUGUUGAGAUAUUUAAAAUUAGAGUCACAUAUUUUCAUACUACCACUUUGUUUCUUAUCUCAAACCUUUAAAUUCAAUUAAUAUUGACUAGUCUUCUUUAAUUUACAAUAAAGUUAUAUUAUAUUUAAUAUAUUCAUGCACUUUUAGUGUGUGAACAUUUCCUAAAAAUACCAAUCUAGGUGAAAUCACCAACCAUACAUUUGUCUGGUAACGACAAUAGUUCUUUGAAGUGCAGUAUAAAUUAAAUUCUGCAAUAUUGGCCAUUGUUUUCAUAGUUAAUGCAAUCUAAAUAUGAUUAAAAAUUAUGUUUGCAUACUCUUUUUAUAUACAUAUUACAAUAUAUAA